AUGCGGCGGUGCCUCGAUUCUAGCUCCGACUUCCCAUUCAGCCUCGAAUCGCUCGAAAGAGCAUCAUCAUCGGUUACCGCUGGACUCGAUAUGGUGGCAAAUGACGGUCCUCCUCGAGGCUUUCUCGGCAGCGGCGACCUCGUCUCAAUCAUAGCCCAUGAACAAGAUUUGUAUGCCGACACGGAACCCAUGAUGAUGGACACUUCCCGAGAUUGGCCAUGCCGGCUGUCUGAAUUGUCGUCGGCAUCCAUCUCGGCUUCCCUGAGCAGCUCCUCUGAUCAAGCCAUGACUUGCGGACCCAGUGCCGUGACGGAAAACUCUACAACAGCCACACGAAUGCUGCCCGCAGUGCAGCGAGAUAGUCCGGGAUUUACGGAACCCGGCGACGAUGAACACGGCCCUGGCUCAGAGGACCACCGGGGCGAGGCACAAACGAGGGAACGCGACGAAGAUCAAGGCGUGACAGGGCCAGAUUCCCGCCAGAGCCCCAUCCACUCCUCCACUACAUCCGUUCCAGCCCUUACUGAGGCUCUGCGCCAACGCUUUUUCGAGGUGAUAAGCGAUACGAGACUGACGCACAUGGACGGGGAUGUGCCGUACACAGACCACCCCCACCUCUCCCUAACGGCACUUCAGUCCUAUGCUGACCUUUUUUUCCGCCGAUUCAACCACUGUUACAACCUCAUACAUUCCCCGACCUUUAAUCCUGUACAAGCAGAUAUAUUCCUUUUGAUUUCGAUCUGGUUGAUCGGGGCGAGCUACAGUAGCAAAGACGCCCACCAGACGGCUACCUGUGUGUGGGAUGCUUUGGUCCCCCACGUUAUCCAGCAGUCAACUUCGGACAGCAGACCGUCACUUUCCAUCCUGCAGGCUCUCUUGCUCUUUGAUAGUUUUGGGACGUUUCGAGCAGCGCAGAAACAGCACGAAAGAACGCGGCUGUUCCAUUCAUCGAUAACAAACUUCAUACAUCAAAGCGUAAUCGCCCGCUUGCGACUGAAAAGCGGGGAGAGUCCCAGAGGGAACCACGAUAUGGAGGGUGACUGGAAGCUAUUCAUUGAGAACGAGCAAUGGAAACGGUUCGUGUUGGAUGUCUCCGAUGACGCCAUCAGCCCGCCUGACUUGGAUAUAGCAACCUGGGACGCAAGAUGUGCAGACGACUGGUCAAGGGCCCUGGAGAGCGAGCCAGCACCCAUGCUCUUCAGCGAUCUCCUGAGGAAGUUUUUGAACUUCGAAUCCAACCCACCGCCACAUGAUAGCAAUAUCAUGUCCCUAGUGUUCGUUCUCCAUGGUCUGAUUGGCGUCAUGUGGCUCAUGAAAUGCAAUGACGCGGCCUCAUGCAGUUGGCUUGACCGCAAGAAUGCCGAAUGGGGCGAGACGUGGUCGGGAAGGAUCUCGGGCUCGUUAAAGGCAUGGAAGAGCAGAUAUGAAGCCCGCGUCGCGUACAUUCUGGUGUCGACUCACGAUAAUACCUGGAGACACCAGUUCCUUGAGGCGAGCACCGGCAUCUCCGCCAUGUACCAUGCGGCAAAUAUAGUUUUGAACGCCGAGAUCACGGACCUUCUCACCGCGGCGGGUGCGCGAAGCAUAUUUGGCCGUGAGGUUAGUCCGGAACAGCGGGCGGCAAGCCCGGCUAAGGUGCUCGACUGGGCCAUGACAACCACGGUGCAAGCCCGCAAUGCCGGUUGGCAUGCUGCCAGCUUGCUGCACGAGGGAAUCUCCAACUUCAAGACGCAGGAUAUCUGUACUCCCUUCCAUUAUCCUUGGUGCCUCUACCUUGCAACUUUGGUGUGUUGGGCUCUCAAUUGCCCGGAUUUCGCUUGUCCGAAAGCACUCCAGCGACAGCGAGAACAGCAACAAAGGCUCAAUUCGGUGUCUGCUCAGGAUGCCUCCGAUUCGAGGCAUCCGACCGGAGACUCAAGCCGGGAUGUUGACCCGAAAGUUGAAAUGUACUCUCUUAUUUCAACAAUGCUAGUUCACGAUCCAUCGCAGAUGUCGAAAUGUGUUGGGCAGCAUCGGACCGAGGGCCUGCUCAGCGAAAUGACAAAGCUAUUGAGCAAGAUUCGAUGGAUAGGAGCAUGUGAGGCGGUAGCCACAAUGCGCGACCUGCUCUCAAGGAAUAAAGAAGCCAAAUAA